AUGGUGGAAUCCAGUGGCCACCGGAGCACCACCGCCCUCGUGGCCGGCGGGUUCUUCCGCGUCCCGGGCCUGUUCGUGAGGCUGAGCAGCAGCAAGGGAGGGGUGAGCAAUGCCGUGAACGCCGACUCGGUCUGGAGCCCGACCUCCCCUCUGGACUUCAAGAGCCUCAGGUCCAGCCCGCCGAGGGUCUGCCUCGGCCUCGUCGACGCCCUCACCGCCGACGACGAGACCGGUUCCAUGCAGUUCGGGGCCAGGGGCUCGUUCCUCGACUCCAUCAAGCCGUUCCUCGAUCUGGCGCUGCUCAAGGCGGCGGUGUGCGGGAACAAGGCUGCUGCUGCCCCUGCCUCGUCGGCCGGCGUCGCCGCCGCAAGCCUGGAUGAGGCGAACGAGUACGCCGACUGUGAGGAGUACACUUGCGUCAUCUCGCGCGGGGCCAACCCGAGGACCACGCACAUCCUCGCCGGCGAGACGGUGGAGGCGGUGCGCAAGCAGGGCGAUGUAGGUGGCUGCAGGAAGGUGAUUUUCAGCAUCGAGUCACUGAGCGACCAGCAGCCGUCCACGUCCUCGUCGCCGGCGGCAACCGCUAGCGUUAGCGUCGCGUCCGGCCGUUGCUGCUGCUGCAUGAAGAGGCUGCAGGAAGACAUGGACAUCUUCAUCUACCUGGGAGAGAAGGCUUUCUGCAGCAGCGAGUGCAGGAAGGGGUACAUCGAGGAGGCGGCGGAGGAGGACCUCAUGAUGAUUCUGGAUCCUGCUCUAAAUCUUUGA